AUGUCGCGAAUCUUCUUGAACCAUACAUACCGCCUAUUUACACUAAGGCAAUUUCCAAAUGUGAGUGAUCCAAAUUCCUUGGAAAAUCAACCAUCGUUUGUCUCUUCCUUCUGCUCAACCGAUAGCGGCACUAACAAGCAUUUAAGGAAAAUCAAACAGAAGUUGGCCAAUAGCAUCAUACUCAACAAGAUUUAUACGAUACCUACAAUCGAGUCAUCCGGUUCCCUAAUCCCAUCGAAUUCGAGACUAUUUUCCGGUGGCCAAUCCACAAACGAAACUCCUGACUUUUCAGAUAUUAUUGAAAAUUUGGAUCUACGCGUCAAGAUCAACCAUCUAAUAUAUAACGGGCAUAAAUUCCGUGUUGGGCAUCUCCGAUUUCGCUUUCUGGACUACAUCCCCGUACAAGUCUUCAUAUUUGUGGAAUUUUCGCCUGGUUUCACUGUCAUACUGACAAAAAGCCUUCCAAAAAUGCAGGAUGUCGUUUUUGACUAUAUAGCAGAGACUCUGAACAGUGUGAUUGGUCCGCUUUCACUCCCAGAUGAUUUUCUUCGUUCUACUGUGGAUGAAAGUGUACAGAAAGCUGUCUCUGAAGAAGAUAUUGGCAGUGGUAUAAACUGGCAUAACGAUCUUGGUGACAUUGAAUUAUCAUUCACAGGCAUAAAAACCAAAUGCAGCGCCUUAAAUGCCAUCGUACUCAAUAUUAAAUCUGCGGAUGUGCCAAAAUUUAUUGAUGAAGAGGGAUUCGUGGCUGGAUUUUGUAGCUACAUGCAAUCUGAAACAUCCAUAGACUUAAAAAAACUUGAAUUAACACGAGCGAGAAACGAGUGGUUUUUGCUUACGUCAGAUGGAAGGCUUCGCUUUUCAGACAGAAUGUCAUACCAUACCCAACCAAGCAGACAUGACGAUGCUAGACCGACAAUAUGGAACAUAAUGUUUUCAUUGUAUACGAAUGCAGGUAAGGGUACACAACUGCAAGAAAAUGCAGACAAGACAACGUGA